CAUAAACAAACACUGAAAUCAAUUUCUCUGUUUCCAUUCCCUUUCCUUUCUUGACAUCACAUAAUCCAUGGCUGACACUGCUGCAGAAGUUCCCACAAGGAGGUCAAGGAGCAAAAGGGCUCUCAAGGACAAAAACUCGUCAACAAAUGAGUCCGCAAACACCAUCACCACCAAGGUCUCAGAAUUCACACCUCCAAUUUCUGAACAAGUGAUAGUGAAGGAGAACCUCGACACAACCACCACCGUUUCUCAACCCAAGAAAGGAAGAGCUGCUUCAAAGAAACAAAGCACGAAGCAGCAGCAGCAGCAAUCUCCUUCUUCUUUUGAGAAAGAGUUGCUUGAGAUGCAGGAGAAGCUGCAGCAGCUGCACCUCGAGAAGGAGAAAACCGAGGAGCUCUUAAAAGCCAAGGAUGAGGCCCUCAAGCUCAAGGACCAAGAGCUUGAAAACCGAGGCAAGGAACAGGAGAAGCUCCAGACCGAGCUCAAGAAGCUCCAGAAGUUGAAGGAGUUCAAACCCAUUCACUCCAUGUUCUUGUUUUUCUUUCUUUUUUCACUAACGGUGUUCAUAAAAUUUCAGAACUUGCCUCUUCCGAAAGAUAAGGAACAAGACAAGAAGGACAAGAAGAAAAGGCCCUCUGCUCCUUACAUUCUGUGGUGCAAGGAUCAAUGGAAUGAGAUCAAGAAAACAAACUCAGAGGCAGAAUUCAAGGACAUCUCAAACAUGUUGGGGGCUAAAUGGAAGACAGUUAGCGCUGAAGAGAAGAAGCCGUACGAAGAGAAGUACAAUGCUGAAAAAGAAGCAUAUAUGGAGGUAAUGGCGAAGGAAAAGCGCGAGACGGAGGCACUGAAGCUGUUGGAAGAGGAUCAGAAGCAGAAGAUGGCGAUGGAGCUUCUUGAACAAUACAUGCAGUUCAGACAAGAAACAGAGAAAGAGACUACAAAGAAGAACAAGAAAGAGAAGGAUCCAUUGAAGCCAAAGCACCCAAUGUCAGCAUAUAUCCUUUUCACAAACGAUAGGCGUGCGGCUCUUGUUGCAGAGAACAAGAGCGUUGUGGAAGUUGCCAAGAUCACAGGGGAAGAGUGGAAGAACAUGACGGAGGAACAGAAGAGGCCUUACGAGGAGAUGGCGAAGAAGAAGAAGGAGCAGUAUGUUCAAGAAAUGGAAGCUUAUAAGCAGAGGAAACAUGAAGAGGCUGCAAAUCUCAUGAAGGAAGAGGAGGAGCACAUGAAGCUUCAGAAGCAGGAAGCGUUGCAGCUCCUCAAGAAGAAAGAGAAAACUGAAAUCCUCAUCAAGAAAACAAAGCAGAAGAAGAAGCAGAACAAGGAAGAUAAGAAUUCUGACCCAAACAGGCCUAAGAGGCCUCCAUCCUCAUUCCUCUUAUUCAGCAAGGAAGCAAGGAAAGCUUUACAGGAGGAACGUCCAGGAAUCAACAUUUCCACCCUUAAUGCACUCAUUUCAUUGAAGUGGAAGGAACUGAGCGAGGAAGAUAGACAAAUGUGGAAUGGGAAAGCAAGUGAAGCAAUGGAAGUGUACAAGAAGGAAUUGGAGGAAUACAACAAAACCAUUGCUUCAACUGAAGAAUGAUGUGGCCUUAAGAUUUGUUGAAAUGACAUGUUCAAGUUUGGAUUGAACAAGACUUGUGUUUAGGUUUCUUCUAGCUCUAGUAGUAUGUUAAGUAGUUCAAGUUGUAGAAUGGUUGAAAUGACGUGGUUUUUAUGAUAUGUACCGUCUCAGUAAGAAAAUGGAAUGCUUAUUCUCGGAUC